AUGGCCCCAUCGCACGCCCGCUACUGGUACAUCGUCAACGUGGACGACCGCCAGAUGAGCCACGAGAACCUGGGCGUGCUCGGCGAGUGGUUCUUCAACGACCACCGCGAGCUCUUCCGCAGCCUCCACCUCCCCCGCCUCCGCUGGGACCUCGUGGCCGCGCAGUCCCAGCCCCCGCACGCGCGCCCGCAGCCCGCGCCGCUCUUCCGCCUCCCGCCCGAGCUCCUCGCGCUCCUCUUCGAGCUCCUCGCGCUCCCCGCCGCCGCCGCGCUCGCCGCGACGUGCCGCGCGCUCCUCGCCGUCGGCGCGCCGCACGUCGCGCGCGCGGUCCGCACGCUCUUCGCGCCCUGGGCGGGCCGCCGCGUGCUCUGCCUGGGCGCCGGCACCGCGCGGUGGGACCUCCCGCGCGGGCUGCUCACCGCGCGCGAGCGCGCCGAGUUCGACCGGUGGGCGCCGGGUGCGGACUCGGACUCGGAUGACGACGGCGGCGGGGAGGAUCAUGGCACCGAGCUCGGGCCUGCGCGACCUGCGCGAAACGGCGGCGGCGGUUCGACGUUCCCAGACUUCGUCUGCGCGCGCUACCGCCUCGUCUUCGGCUGGGUGUGGAACCUCUGCCAGAGCGACCCCGCGGACGCGCUCCUCGCCGCGAUCGCCCGCCCGCCCACGCCGCGCGCGCGGUCCAAGUCCCAGUCCAAGUCCAAGUCGCGCUCGCGCUCGACCACCCCGCCCUCGUCGCUCGACGGCGAUGAAGGUGGCCACGCGUCCGGCUCCCCAGGGAAGAAGACAAAGAAGAAGCCGAAAGGACACGCGCGCACGGCGAGCGCCGCCGCGCGCCUCGUCGGCUCGCGCGACGCCAAGCUCUUCCGCGCCCUCUGCGACCACGCGAACUGGUCCGACGCCGCCGCCGAUCCUGUCGCCCUCCUAUCCUCGCUGGGCCUCCCCGCGCCCCCGACGCCCCCGACGCCCCCGACGCCCCCGCGCGCACGCGCGCUCGCGAACCUCACGACCGCCGAAGUCGUGCACGAGGCCGCCUUCGCGCGCGCCGCCGCCGCGGCGACCACGCUCGCGCGCAGCCAGGUGCGCGUCGGCUGGGGCCACGUCCUCCUCGCGCGCGUCUGCUGGUGCACCGACGGCCGCACGGGCCUGGGCGGCCACCUGGACCCCUCGCCGCAGCUCGCGGGGGCGCGCAUGCGCCGCGCUGCGGAGGAGGGGGAGGAGGGGAAAGUCCCGGAGGAGCGCACGCUGUGGCGCGGGGCGUGGGCGGGGCAUCGGUUCGCGAUCGUCGCGGGCGACAUGCUGCAAGAGCUUGAGCGCGAGCCCGGGUUUGGGGCCGCGAGGGAGGGCGGAAGGGGAACAUGGCGGGACGUGAGCGCGGCGGUCGCGGCGGAGGUGUGUGCGAUUUGGGAGGGGCAGGGCAUCGAGGAACGGGACGAGGAGGGGCUUCGGGAGCCGUAUGAGCCGUGGCAGAUCCGGUUCGACCUCACGCAGGAGGGGCCGUAG